AUGGCGCCGCAAGGACCUAAAUCGAUGACCGCCUCCAAGGGGCCACAGCCCGUCGAGGAAGCACGGCAUCUUCCCGUCAAGGGCCCGCACCCUGGCUACAUAUCCAUAGCCAACCAGUAUACCUUCGAACAGAAGCUGCGGCGGAUGCAAAAGGAGAACGGAUGCGACCCGUCAAGAGAAGACAACUACCGGUUGCAAGGAGUGCAGCUCAUUGACAACGUCAGAGAGUCGCUCCAGCUUCCCGUCAGGACGUUUGACACCGCGUGUACCUACUACCACAAGUUCCGUCUCUGCUUCCGCGACGCCGAGUACAACUAUCAAGAUGCCGCCAUGGCAUCGCUGUUUGUCGCGUGCAAGGUCGAGGAUACGAUCAAGAAGUCCAAGGAGAUCCUGUGCGCCGCGUACAACCUUAAGAACGCAGACCACCCGACGACACAGGACGACAAGAUCUUCGAGCAGCCGUCCAAGAUCAUCAUCGGCCUCGAGCGACUCAUCCUCGAGACCAUCGGCUUCGACUUCCGCGUCCGCUACCCCCAGAAACUGCUCACCAAGAUGGUCCGCAAGAGAGUCCCCCCGGACGAGGCCAGAGAGUUCAUCGGCGUGGCCUACCCCAUGUGCAUCGACAUCUACAAGACCUUCUCGCCCAUCAAGCAGUCGACCUUCACCAUGGCCGUGAGCAUCGUCGAGCUCACGGCGCGCCUGAUGGGCAAGGACCCCGAGUUCUACAAGAGCGUCCGCCCGGAGCGGUACCACACGACCAGGGGCUGCGUCACCGAGACCGUGCUCGACCUGCUCGACCUCUACACACAGUUCCCCAAGUCCACCAGGAUCGGUACGCGCUUCGACCUUGCCAAGUUUAUCGACAUUAAGAUCAAGAUCAACCAAGAAGUCGACGCCGACCGCGACCUGGCCCGGUUCCCCGGCUGGUGCGACCAGUGCGAGUCCGAAGACAGGGAGAUGAGCUGGAUCACGCCGGGAUCCGCGACCUCGCCGGUCAACACGGGAUCCAUGCCCGGAAGCAACUCGGUCAAGAGGAAUGCCAAGGGUCAGGAGGGCACGAUGAGGUUUGUGUUUGACGCAGACGAGGCGCUGAAGGAGCAGGACGCCGUCGGAGAGUACUUUAGGGAGGAUUACGAAGAGUACGAGGUGGAGAUAGAGGAGGACAUCCCGGAGGCUAAGAACCACAACAAUCACGGCCACGGACAUGGCCAUGGCUCCAACCACGGGCACGGGGGCCCUCGACGGGACCGCGGCCAUAACAACCGGGAUCCGGGCUGGGCACCGUACAAUCGGAAUCGGAACCAGGAUAGGAACCGCGGCGGAAGAAAGGGCGGUUAUUAUCAGUAG